AUGCCGGCCUUCUUUGCAGGUAUCAGUUGUAAAUCUCUUGAGGAUACCAGUGAUAUGUUUACGACACUUUGGACAGUCAUCGCCAAUGAGAGGACGAAGGCAUCCUGCGCAAAACCGGUGUCCACACGGCAGAAGGGUUCUCCACUCCGAUGGGAUGCUAUAGCAAAUCUCACAUUGACAUCGAUGCUGCAGCUCCUGGACUUUAGUCUCAAGGUUGCAGAACAGCUCAUCCUUCAUAGUCAUCUCUGCACGCAGGUGCUGCACUUCUUCUUCCAGCUUCCUCCUCUUCGCACGCUCCGCCUCGAAAAUGGUAUGAAUUUCCUGAUUCGCCAUUUCCUAUCUCAAUAUCAGCGAGGAAAUAUCCCCAAGAGUCUCACUGGGAAAGGUCUUACCAAAACCGUGUCCAAGGAAAGCAGUGGCCCCAGGGAAGGCAGAUGCCCUAUCCAGUUAUCCUUUGGCGAGUACACAGAUAUGCCUGUUGACCAUAUGAGUCGCGAUGAGGCACAGAGGAUGAGAGUGUGCUCGUCGUAUGUCCAGCUCUGGUUGUGCGCGAUGAGACAGUUUGUGGUCCUCUUCCAGGACCAUCAAGCAACCGCAGUGAAUGUCUACGAUCUCAACCGUGUGCGAGGCCCGCACCGGCUCGCCGGCGUAGCACAGAGGUUGAGUUAUGAUUCCGCGGAGAUCAGACAGCUGUGCUGCCGUGAAACUAAUGAGACCACAGCUCGUUGCGAUGUUGAAACGUGUGCCCCAGAGCAAGGACUGGAGCACAUCUUUCCAAACGGACAAGCGGGUUCUACGCCGGCAUUAAGUCACAAUGGCGAGGACGACGUCCGGCGAUACAACCGUCCUCGAGCCUCUCAGCUCCGGAACGACGGGGCGUAUUUCUUUGUGGGUCAUGUGUAUGGUUGUGAUCAGCCUGCUGCUCAGCGCCCGACCUCGUUCGCUGUUACAAGGGAGCCGAUAAAUAGCCCUUUAACGCUGGUUCAGCGAGGAACUUAUUCCCCAUCUAACCCCGGACUCGACGACAUGGAAGAUAUAACGCCUCCUCUGGCUCCGGGGUUUGAAGACUUCAGUGCCCCCCUCGCACAGAAGACGGAUAUAUCUCUCCAUCGUAGUGCAAUAGAAAUACUGCAGAUGUGUGACCCCAGGGACGGCAAAAUCAGUGGCCCCAAGGACGGCAGUGGCCCCAGGGACGGCAAAAGCAGUGGCCCCAGGGAUGGUAGUGGCCUCAGGGACGGCAAAAGCAGUGGCCCCAGGGACGGCAGUGGCCUCAGGGACGGUAAAAGCAGUGGCCCCAGGGAUGGUAGUGGCCUCAGGGACGGCAAAAGCAGUGGCCCCAGGGACGGCAGUGGCCUCAGGGACGGUAAAAGCAGUGGCCCCAGGGAUGGUAGUGGCCUCAGGGACGGCAAAAGCAGUGGCCCCAGGGACGGCAGUGGCCCCAGGGACAUCAGUGGCCCCAGGGACGGUAGUGGCCCCGGGGACGGUACCUCGGUAAAGAAACGGCCACCACCGUUUAUGCGGCAGAACUUCUUGGCAUCCUCAUUGGCCUAA